UUGUCAAAAUCUGUAAGUUCUAUACCACGUUCAUUCAUUUCAAUCAACAACAAUAAUCCAAUUUUUUCAAAUCCUCCCCGAAAUUUCAAUUCUCCAGAAAAGUUCUGGCAAUUUUUGGGAACUCAAAAUAAAAAAAAAACAUCUACAUAAAAACCUCAAUAUAUUUUUUUGCAGAAAAUGAGUUCCUCAACACCUUCGUCUGACAGUUCCGGGCCAACUUGCAUGGAAACAAAAGAGCAAAAAAUGAAAAGAAUCGAAAAAUGGAAACGACAGGAAUAUAUUCGUUUCGAGAAAGGAAGCCCAUAUGAAAAACAUCCAUAUGACUUUCAUAUUUCUUUUGUACAAAAUUGUGUGUGCUUUCCUAUGGAUUUGGAGUAUGCGGUGCAGAAAGAAUUGGUCAAGAAUCUGAUAAUAGGUUUAAUGGAGGCUUGUCGCCUUUUCGAUAGUCCAGUGAGUUUGAACAAAUUUUUUUAGCUUUAAAAAAAUUUAAAAAAUUGUGUUUCAGAAUCUUGUUGUUGGUCAGAACAAAAUAAUUGGCAUGUUGUUCUACUCAGACGACUACCAUGGGUACGGUGUCUUGCCGGGUUGGACCAACAACAUGUUCAAUAUAAGUGAAAAAAUCUCCGAAAUGCUCCCAUCUUUGGCAGCAGAAUCCACACCAAAUAUUGAUCAUUUGAGACAAGGUUAUGUGCCAGUAUUGUUGAAGGUGGAGUCGGAACCUGAGCAAUCUAGAUUUCGUCGAGCGAUACAUCUGAUGACUAGAGGCGAAUCGUCGGCUUUUUUCGAGCUCGAUGCCUGUCGUGUAAGUUUUUUUUGCCAAUAUGUUUUCUGCUACUCAUCUCCUGAAAAAACAACAAUUUUUUCAGAUUCGAAUUUUGGAUGACGUCGAUGCCACUAAAGUAAUCGCGAUGCCUCAGGAAUUCAUGGAAAUCCCGCCUUCAUUUGCCGAAAUGAGAUUGGAGAACAGACUUUACUUUGUGAGUUGGAUUUCGAUAAGAAUUUUUGUGCUGAUAGAGUUUCAGCAAACGAUUUUCAUCUUUAAAAUUCAAAAAAUUUCUGAAAACCCCACUCUCCUUCAAAAAAUAAUGAAUCUAAAAGUGUUUUUUAUUUCAGCGCGAGCUAUAUAUCGAGAAACAGUUCCACCGGUUCCAUUUGCUGAAGAAUAUAAAUAUUGUUGGAUUCGAUAAAUUGGAUCGUGGAGAUGGAAAGAGCUCGCAGGGGCGUGCUAUUGUGAGUUGUUUUUUUUCAAAACCUGCGUCUAGAGAUGAGUUAGGAUAACUUGAAAAAUCAGAAUUUUCAGUAGACGAAGCACACAUGUAUUUAAUCUCAAUAAAAUCAAUAAUUUUUUGCAGGUUGCCGAAGCCGAAGAAGCUGUCCCGGGAGAUAACGAAAAUAAAUGGCCAAAUUUUAUGUGA